AUGAGAUUGUCCUACUUACAAUUUGGAUUGAUAACCCUCAUGAAAAGUUGUUCUGCCUUAGGUAACAGCGAGGCAUCAGAAUCAAGCGAAAGCGGUUCAAUCCAGCAGGAAAGCAUUCAACGUGCCAAUUUUGAUAUCAAUUAUGAAACUUUGGAACAAGGAGCAGGUAGUUUAGCAUCAUUCCUCGAAUUUGAAGAUGGUGACAAUGUGACGCUAAGAUACUCGCUUUUCAACAAGGAGGACGUGAAUGUUUCGGUAGUCGCAGUCGGUGGUGCCCUAUAUGACAUUCAUACCAACGAGCUUGCAGCCAACAUAAGUGCUGCAGCCCUUGGACCAAUUCCCGUAGGAGUUAAUGAAACAGUUGAGUUUCAGCAAAUUGUUAACUUGAUUCUAAAAGAAGGCGAGUAUGCUUUGUCUCCUGACAUCUACAUAGAAAAAAGCGAAGAAACCAUGAAAGUGGUGGCAAACCCUAAUCUCCUAAGAAUUUUGCCAGCAGCAAUUUCGUUUUUCAACCCUCAGUUUAUGUUUGUUCAGUUUGUCCUAGCCGCGCUCAUUGCUGGUUUCUCGUACUUGACUUUUUUCAAGACCCCUAAAGCUGGGACUCGUGAUGCCAAAAAAAUCAGAAAGUCCGGAGUUUCCUCUCCUCAAGAUAUUACAUCAUGGCUUCCCGAAAAUCACACCAAGAAGUGA